AUGUCUACCAAGAGGCAGACCGUCCAUUUUUUAAGAAGAAGAAAGAGAAAGAUCCCAGGGCUGGCAGCCACAAGCCCUUCCCUGUCCAAGCCCCAGAAGGAGCCACUGAAGCCCCACUGCGCCUGCCCAGGGACCAAGAAGGCGCGCGAUGUGUGCAACGAGAAACGCGAAGAGCACUGUGGACAUCCAAUUGAGGUCCACAGGGAGCGCGUGGGAGCCCUGGGAUUGAACAUAUGA